CAAGCACAAGAGUGAAACACACCAAGAGAUCUUCCAUUCAAAUUUUAAUUACAGAGCGAAAAUGGCAGUGAUAUUGCCGAGGUUUAUUGUCCUUGGAUACAUGGACAAGCUUAAUUACUUAAGCUAUAUCCGUGAUGGCAGAGACACCGAUGGCUAUCUCCGAUUCUUUGAAAAUCAGGCUCAGAACCCUUAUGCUAAGUUUGAAGUGGAGCUUUCCGACACAAAUGGCUUGAUGCAUAUAAGAAGCUGUCAAAACAACAAAUAUUGGGUACGAACCCAAAAUCUUUCCCUCACCGGAAGCACAAGCAGCCAGUACUGGAUUACUGCCACCGCCGACAAGAAGGAGGAAGAUCAAUCCAAGGAGUCAUGCACGUUGUUCGAGUUUAUCUCUGUAAACUCCGCCGAGAAUACGGGCCGAAUCAGGCAUGUCCAUUCAGGAUGCUACUUAUGCUUAUGGAAGUGGAACAAUCCGACAUACACUCGUUCUGUGUUGGCAAACUACAGGGUUUUCGAUGGUCAAAGCGCUGAUAUCUUCACAAUUAUUGAUUGGAAUUCGAUAUUGUUUCUGCCCAAGUACGUGGCCUUCAAAGGAUUUUACGAAAAGUACAUGUGUGUUCGUUAUUUAAACAAGGGCCGCUACCCGUUUUUGCAGUUUAUAGCCGAUGACAUGGCUGAUCCAACCGUGCAUUGCGAGAUAUUUCCUAACAACGACGGAACCAUCCGCAUCAAGCAAGUUUCUAACGGAAAGUUCUGGAGGCGUAGUCCGAAUUGGAUCUGGGCAGACUCUGAUGACACCAGCAGCAACAACAGAGACACCUUGUUUCGCCCGGUCAAAGUUGACGAUAAGACCAUAGCUCUUAUUAACUUGGGCAACAAUCGUUUCUGCAAAAGACUCACAGCCGAAAACAAUACAAGCUGCCUGAAUGCAGCAAUCGAGUCUGUCGAUAUCGAAUCCCGAUUAACUGUGGAAGAGGCUGUCUUGAGGCGACAAAUUUAUGGUAUCAACUAUAGUAUUGAAAAUGCCAGGGUCUACGACGAAACAAUCCUCGUGGUGGCCAGAACUUCUGCUAGUAACUAUACCCAAGAACCCAACACUUUAGUAGUGAAUCUCUCGUAUACAGACACCGGUACUAGAACAUGGAACACUAUGUCUUCUCUAACGUUAGGUAUGAAAGCCACUAUGGCGGUCAAGUAUCCGUUCGUUGCAAAGGGAGAGAUCAAAAUAUCGAGUGAACUUCAAUCAGGAGUCGAGUGGGAAGAGACCUCAACAUUCACCGUUGUUAAAGGAGCUGUACACACAAUUGAAGUGCCGCCGAUGACUAAGACGACGGUUAGUCUGGUGGCAACACAAGGUUGGUGCGAUGUUCCCUUCACAUUUAUGCAAAGGGACACUCUUUACAAUGGGAGCACCGUCAUAAGUGAAGUUCAAGGUGGCACUUUCACCGGUUCUAAUUACUCCAGGACCGUCUAUGAAUCCAACGAAGAGAAGUUGGAGUGAGUUAAACUAUACACA